AUGAGCGCCUACAUUUGCCAGGUAAGUUGUUGUUCUUCCGCGGCUCCGACUACAAUUUACCUCCCACAAUUAUACGGCGACGGCAUGGCAAAAGAUUCUCGCCAAGUAACUAUAUUUGGUUCAGCUAGUAACUGUCAAAAGCGCCUUUGCUGCACGAUAAAAUUGCAUUCUCGAAAUUCAUUUGCCCUUGUUAUUGUCGCCUUGUGGCUUUGGCUUGAUGCGUGAUAUAUUAGGGUGUCCCAUAAGUCUUAUACGUAUUAUUAUAUAAUAUUUCCAGAUGUAUCUUCUCGUAGAGCGAUAUGUUGAGACUUUUGUGGAAAUCUCCCCGUAUAUAGAACUACUGAUUUGUAUUCCUUGUAUUGUCAUCAAUAUUUAUUGUGCCAUUCGGUUUGCCAAUUUACAGACCUUCAACAACAAUUUUAGGAUUAUCAUGGUAAGAGCGGGGUAUUGUGUUUUCCGGUAAAUUUUUUGACCGAAAACGCUUUGAGACAGCUAGGACCGAAUCAAGUGGCAAAAACCGUACCAUUUUGAAACCGGAAAGUACAAGGGGUACUUCCCUUGUUAAGCAUCAAAAUUAGAGCUUUUUGUUUGUAGUCAACUUUUGCUGUAAGCUAAUAAAUGGGUAUAACAUAUUUGGUAUCAAACAAAAUGCGCACAUCUGAGGAUUCAGGGAAAAAAUGAUUUUAAGAUUUGGCCAAAAACUAAAAAAGUUAUAGCCAAUUAAAAUCGGGCCACAAAGAUUCCCCGCCCUGUAUUAUUUUCCACCCCCCUACUGAAGCGGUCAAUGUUUAAAGGUGUCCUUUUUAACCUGCCAAGUUCAUACUUCAGAUUGUCACAAAUUUCAUUUGCGCCGGAGUCUCUCUUCUCCACGGAUUUAUGAGCAUUGUACCUCGGCAAUACCUUUCACUCGAAAAUGAAUACUAUAAAGCGGUUGCUUUCUAUACCGUCGCGUACAUUCAUCACUGGUGUGUUUUGAUGUUGGAUAUUAAAUUUUUUAUUCUCGGCUUUGAGCGAUGGUUUGGCUUCCGCUCGAGAGCCACAUACGAGCACAGCGAGGAUAACACCAGCAUCAAAAUUUAUUGUAGUCUUGUAAGCACGCUUGUUUUUUGGCCCUGAUUAUAUGGGGCGUUUUUAUGGUCUAUGGUUGUAGGCUGUCCUGGCAUUUUGCGCCGUAACUACAAAAGUGUACUUGUAUCUUACUUUCAACGACAAAAGCAAUGAAACGUUCCGAAGAGCAUUCGUUGUUGAGGAUGACUUAUCGGCAAUGUUGGCUUCGCACCUAUUGGCCUUAUUUGGAUGGAUUUAUGCUUUCGUUGUAGGUUCAUUUUUACGAGUAAAGGCGUUGAACUUACUAUUAGACUAAAAACAUUCCAGAUAUUCCGCCGAUUGAUGCGGCAAGCCGAAGCCUUUCGAUUUUCUUCGCAAAGCCUCAGCGAAAGUUAUGUCAUCAAGGAGACGAUUCGAAUCAACACCGUGAUUGGCCCAAUUGUCCGCGCCUACCUGGUGAUGGCCAUAGCUUGUACAAUGACCUUGGCCUUUAACAUUUACUGCAUGCAGUACGGUUACUGGGAAAUGCGAAGCGCCUACUACCAAAGCCUGACCAAUGUGAGUUGGUCAUGAGAUCUCUGUGGUCAAAUUAUGACUACUAUACUGCACGUCAAAAGUUUGGAACAGGCCAGAUCUUCUUUGCGGCUUGAGACGGGAGUUUCAUUUCUUUUUUAUUAGAAGCUCCAUGUAUUAAGAACCUCAAUGAAUACAUAGCCAUGGAAAUCAGAAAGCUCGUUGGAAUUUAAAAAAAAAAUAAAAAAAAUAAGUGCGUCAAAAGUUUGGAACAGCUUUUGGAAGGUGAUUAUAAACUUCGGGAUGGAGGCUGGUAUCCUCGCAUUUAGUGUUUCUGGAUGAUGUAUGGAAUCGGCAUGCCAAUGGCAUACUGAUUUUCAUCGAUAAACCCAAAAUGAAAAAAAUGCUUAUUGAGCCAAAAACUACGGUCAAAUUUGCGAAAAAAUGAAUUUUUUGGUUUGGGUUCUCUAUGUUAUCGGUGUGUAAGCGUUCUAAAAUAUUUAAUGUGGUCGCACAAUUGUACAAGAGAACUCAGAUCUUCUCAUAGGAACCAUAUCCGCACAGCAUAAUUUAUGAAAAUUUUGAGUUUUGCUAUGAAUCUUUAUUUAAUGUGUUUUAUAUUUUUUAUAGAGCGGCUUGGAGGCUAAUUGGCUUUAACACCGCUAUCGUGGAAUAAAAAGGUGUCUUUAUGAAGCAGAACCUGGCCACUAUUUGCAACAUGAAGGCCACAUCUUUAAAAAUAGCGGGUAUAUGAAAUGUUAAUAUUCCCAUAUUUUUUAUCUUGGAUUUGAAGCCGCUGCAUGGCUCAAAACUAAGUGCCUUUAUCGUUAUCACACCGAUACAGUAUUAUAAACCAACUCUCCGAAUUAUCACGCCACAAAUCCGGGGCAGAUAUGAAUAUUGAUUUUGGGGACAAAAAAUUUUUUUAAUAUCUGAAAGAUGUGGCCUUGGAUGUUGCAAGUAGCGUGGGUUUUUGCUUCUUGAAGACACCUUUUUAUUCCACGAUAGCGGUGUUAAAGCCAAUUAGCCUCCAAGCCGCUCUAUAAAAAAUAUAAAACACAUUAAAUAAAGAUUCAUAGCAAAACUCAAAAUUUUCAUAAAUUAUGCUGUGCGGAUAUGGUUCCUAUGAGAAGAUCUGAGUUCUCUUGUACAAUUGUGCGACCACAUUAAAUAUUUUAGAACGCUUACACACCGAUAACAUAGAGAACCCAAACCAAAAAAUUCAUUUUUUCGCAAAUUUGACCGCAGUUUUUGGCUCAAUAAGCAUUUUUUUCAUUUUGGGUUUAUCGAUGAAAAUCAGUAUGCCAUUGGCAUGCCGAUUCCAUACAUCAUCCAGAAACACUAAAUGCGAGGAUACCUGCCUCCAUCCCGAAGUUUAUAAUCACCUUCCAAAAGCUGUUCCAAACUUUUGACGCACUUAUUUUUUAAAUUUUUUUUUAAAAUUCCAACGAGCUUUCUGAUUUCCAUGGCUAUGUAUUCAUUGAGGUUCUUAAUACAUGGAGCUUCUAAUAAAAAAGAAAUGAAACUCCCGUCUCAAGCCGCAAAGAAGAUCUGGCCUGUUCCAAACUUUUGACGCGCAGUAUAUGUAAACUCUGGCCGUUUUUGCAGGUGGAGUAUAUAAUGAUCAACACCUACAAUUUUUACGCCAGCUCAUAUACGAUUUGGUACCUUCGACCGCUAAGGAAAAUCUUCUUAAACGACUUGAGAACCGUUUUCAAAUGUUCAAUUCAAAUGGAGAACGGUGUGAGCCCGGUAGACCGGCUUGAAGACGCGGCAACUGUACAUUUUGACCAUUUACACAGUCAAUGGCAAUAG